UGAACGUCUCGAAGAGAAUCUUAAAGAUCUCGUUGGUGCCGCGCUGUGAUGACUCGGAAUCGUCAACCAUUUUGCUAAGUGCGAGUAGGAAUUUCGUCGAACUUCCAAGCAAUUCUGCAGUGUAAAAAGUGGUUAUAUUACCCAGGAAGUAGUGAAAAUCCGAUUGUCCAGAUACGGAAAUUCGUGUGGCGAGAUAAGUGGAGUGAAAUUCACGGGCAGAACCUGAAUAUCUCAAGUCGAAGGUGUUCUCGUUGUCGGGGACGAGUCGCCUUUCGUGCGUGGAAAGAACCUGGGCUUCCUCGGUUCGUCAACUAAAGGUGAUUUUCCGUGCAAACAAACGAGCGUUUCUAAAAAUAACCUCUCGCCUUAGACAGGGGUCAUCUAUGCAAAUUGGCCUGAAGAAAAUAAAAGACAAGACUUCCAGUUCCAGGUGACCUCGCGGCCCCGUAGCCCCGUCAGACUCGGUUGGUUUUUGAAUUCCGCACGGGAAGGGUGUCUCGGCGUUUCCCGCCAUCGCCGCGAUCGUCGCUUGUUCGCUCGAAUACCCGCGCAAUUACCGACAAAAAGUGUAGAAAAAACACGUACAAAUACGAAAGCGAUUAUCGGACAACACAACGCUAAAGAGCUUUUAUUAAUAUUGAGAGAAAAUAAAGGAAAAAUUAAGAAGUGCAGCAGCGCGGUGCUGCUGGCGAUGACGGCAGCGAUUGUACGUGAAUGUGGUGUUGCCGUCGGUGGUGCGGUUCCACGUUGAGUGAGUGGAGUGUGUCAGAUUUACGGGAUUAUGCUUGAAAAUGAAGCGUUUAGGAUCGAUUUACGCCCAUUUCAUAGUAAGAUUGUCGUCUUAAGAAGUGGAACAAUUUCUGGUGGAUAUUGGUACGGAUAGAAUUGAAGUUGGCGGAAAACAAUUGCUUCAGAAAAGUGAACAGUGGUUUUGACAAUUGAAUGUUGAGCAUUGGUUUAAUUGGAUUCUUUGUUGGAGUUACGGACGAGGUGAAUAAUUGCAAGCAAUGCGCGAUUCGUCACAAGAAAUCAGUCCACAAGUUUGGCGAGAAUGGAUUUUAGAAGCAAUACGGAAAAUCAGAUUCCAAAAACAACGUCCAAGCAUUCAACGCAUUUGCCAGGCAAUCGGAAGCCACCAUAAAUUCCAUGAGGAUAUUGUUGCAGAGAAAUUAGAAGAAGCCGUUGAAGCAGGUGCUGUCGUUAAAGUUUACAAUAAAGGUUUGCACUCAUAUAAAGCUCCGAUGGCUCGUCGUCGGAUUGCAGUGACGAAAAAUUCCGAUUUACGAAAGCUUGUUGCGAUAGCAGUACGUGAGUUGGGUGAAUGUGAGGGCUCGUCAUUGAAAACAAUCGAAAAUUAUAUACAAAAGUCGACAAACAUUGAACUGAUAGCAAAUGCCGAUUUCAAACAAGUCAUUCAGAGUUCGGUACAAAGUGCCGUUGAAAGUGGAUACCUUAUACAGGAGGGGAAGUUGUACAAAUUGGGCAAAGCUUUAACGACGCCACGAAGGACAAAAGUGCGGACAGCACGAGCUACGAGUACGACACCAAAAACGGAUGAAUCAAUCGCAAAUGAAAGCAUUGAUUCCACCUGCGCCGAAUGCGAUGGCAAUUCAACGGCAAACCGGAACGGAGUUCCUGAACCGCUUAGCGAAUGUAAUUUUUGUGGCUUAGCGCUUCACACAAGCUGCGCAAAUAUUGCUAGUAACUGUAAAAACCAAGUGAUGUUAUCUACAUUUGUUGCCAAAGGUAAUAAGUGGUCAUGUAAAGAAUGUAAAAAAUGUGAUGCUUGUAAUGAGCCUGGUAAAGGCCCAUGUCUACUGGGUUGUUGCACUUGCGACAAAAAUUUUCAUCUAACCUGCUUGAAUCCUGUGCCUGAGAAGAAGCCAAAGUGCCCAUGGAGAUGUAAUUAUUGUUUAGAGCACCAUGAUAAUGUAAUGAAACGAUCUUCUAGUCGAAACGUAGGAUCUGAAUCGGCGAUACGUCGUAAAAUUUCCAAAGUCCGAGAACAAAAUAACAGAAGGACCAUUGAAUCAGCAUGUGAGGAUCCACCCAGCUCACCUGUCUCGUCAUUCAUGCAGAAAUCGAGUUCGAGAAAACCUAGAGUUCCUCCAAUGAAUUUAUCAGAAGAUUCAGAUGAAGCGCCAGAGAAUCAGCCAAUUAAUUCCGAAGAUGGUAAACAAUUAUGUGUUUCAAAAAAUCAAUACGUCACAGGAUCAUCAACAGUUAAUACAGCAGCGAAGCCACCAAUACCGUCAUCGUCCUCAUCACAUCAGCACCAAAUACCAAACACAAGUAAGAAAAAAUCUUCAACUCUAAAUAGUGAUCGAAGCAAAUUAGAUCAUAAUCCCGCUCGUGCAUCUGUUCCGAUCCAAGCCCUGCCUAAUGAAAGUGUAAAAAGUGAAACACAAUCGAGUAAAUCAGGAACAUUGUCAGAAUCAACAUUAAAACAACUAAAUCAGCCUGAUCGCAUCUCGAAAGAAAAACAGAAAUUUUUUAGACAUUCUGCCUUCAAUAGUGGGCGAGUGGCUAAAAAUGUGGCAUCAACUUCGAAAGCUGGCAGCAAUUCCCGUUCGAGCACGCCUGCUGUGGUGAGUGAAUGCAAAGUUAAAGGAGUGAAGGACAAACUUUUUAAUGAAGGCAGACACAACGAUCAAAUGAAAUCCCUUUCGGACUCGUCGUCAUCAUGCUCAAGUAGCGACAAUGACGACGAUGAAGAAAAUGAGGGGGAAGAUGACGAAAGUUCGUCAUCAGAUUCGUGCAGCUCAAGUAGUUCAUGUUCGGAUUCAAGUGGAAGUUCCAGUGCAUGCACUUCGUCGGACGAAGAUGAUGAUGAAGACGAAGAUAGUGACAAAAGUGAAUCAAAAUCAGAGCUCUCUGCCUUACAAAGAAAUCAAUUAGCUCCCUUGAAGGCGCAAUUUAAAACACAAGUAAUAAAAGACAACCCGUUCCAGGCGUUUGGAGUAAAUAUCAAAGACGAGAACUGGGGGUUCGCAGCUGAAGCAAAGAAAAACGUUGACAUUUUCUCUGCAGCAAAAGGGAAGGAUGAAAAAUUGCCAGGGUUAACGUCUAAUCUGCAACCUACGGCGGGAAAAUCUUGUAGUGGCAGUACAGCGAAAGUGAGCAGUAAAAAGCAAAAAAAUUCACAGUUAAAAGGCCUAUUCGACGGACUAUCACAUAUUUUCACCACCUCUGACUAUUCGAGAGCGAGCAUUAAAAAUAAAGACAAACCUUCCGCGUCUACUACCACUGAAAUUUUCAAUUGCACUAAUGCUAAGAAGGAGGUUUUAAAAGAAACUCGAAGUACAUUUAGGGAUUAUGAAAAGCAGCGAAUAUUUGAAGAAGAGUUAAAGCGCCAAGAACAGGGACAAUUGAAGAAGACUGAUAUGAUUACAAGUAGUAAUAAGAACUCCAAUAACCGGAUAUUAUCCAAGAAAAAUCAUUCAUUAGUAUCCACUGGAUCGAUCGCCACCUCGAGUAGUGGCACGGAUACAGUGUUGCGUAAUAGUUCAGCCACAUCCACAAACACUAAAAAACGAAUCGCACCUAUUUCGCUACCUCUCGAGCAAAAACCAAGUAGAGCUGCAGAGUAUUCUAGCGAGGAUGACUAUGUUCCAUAUUUAACUCAAAAAACAGUUAUGCGAUCACAGAAACUUGAAUCGAAAAUAUCAAGUGAUGAAAACGAGGAAGAUGAAGAUGAUGAAGAAAGUGAUGAAAAUGAGAAAAACGAUGAGGACGUAGAUGAAGACAUUGAUGACAAGGAUGAUGAGAAAUUAAAGCAGCAUUUGCCCUUUGGUGGUGGUUUCUCAAAUGUUUCUAAUCAACUCGAUUUUGCAUCGUUGAGUCAAAAAAGCAACAUGUUCAAUAUAUUUGGAAUGAAUAAUGUCAAUUCACCAGCGCCAUACAACAACAAUAAUCAAUCCAUUAUGGAGAAACAACCUCUACCGCCCGGCGUAACAGAAGCAGAUGUUGCAAUGUAUAAGGACAUACGGGAGAAGGCUGCCGAAGCAGUUGCAGAAGUUAUGAAUCCUGGUGGAAAAUUAAAUUUGGCUGUGCCUGUUCUUAAUCCAACUAUGCUUAGUCCACCAUCUUUUGCACUGGCGGCGCAAGAGCGAUGUCCGGCUGCUAUCGAAUUUGGAAAGUGGGAGAUUGAAACAUGGUAUUCGAGCCCAUUUCCACAAGAGUAUGCAAGGUUACCAAAACUAUUCCUUUGUGAAUUUUGUCUAAAAUAUACAAAAAGUAAAGCCGUACUGGAGCGCCAUCAGGACAAAUGCAGCUGGCGUCAUCCACCAGGAACAGAAAUCUACAGAUGUGGUGAAUUAUCAGUAUUUGAAGUAGAUGGGAAUGUGAACAAACUUUAUUGUCAAAACCUGUGUCUAUUAGCAAAACUGUUUCUUGAUCACAAGACUCUAUACUAUGAUGUCGAACCAUUUCUUUUCUACGUGCUGACAAAAAGUGAUAAGAAAGGUUGUCAUUUAGUCGGUUAUUUUUCAAAAGAAAAACAUUGUCAACAAAAGUACAAUGUGUCGUGCAUCAUGACCAUGCCGCAAUAUCAACGACAGGGUUUUGGUCGUUUCCUUAUUGACUUUAGUUAUCUACUAAGUCGAGAAGAGGGGCAACCAGGCACUCCAGAAAAACCAUUAUCGGAUUUGGGACGCGUCUCAUAUCAUGCCUACUGGAAGUCAGUGGUGUUGGAAUAUUUAUAUGAGCAUAAGAACGAACCUAUUGCCCUGAAGAAAAUUGCCAAACAGACGGGCUUAUUCAUUGCAGAUAUAGCUCUUGCCUUUCACUUAUUGAAUUUUGUGAAGCUUAUCAAAAAGGAAGGUGAUAUUCGGUAUCAAGUUGUAUUUCUCAUCGAUUGGAGGAAAGUUGAUAUGCACAAUGAAAAAGUGCGAAACUCGAAGAAUCGAAUUCCAAUUGACUCUGAAUGUUUGCGAUGGACACCACUCCUAUCAACGUCAAUUCUACAUUCGACCAGAAGCGAUUCUGAUGGCGAAAUGUCUGACAACUCUGAUUCUUCCGCGAAAAAAUUCACCGAAUCGAUUAAGGAUAAAAACAGUAAGGCAGCAGAGGGGGAAAUGCCUCCCUUGGUAAAAAGGAAAAACGACCGCACAGAAAAGGAAGUGAAUGAGAAACCGCAACCACAAAUAUCGGUAGUUGCAUCUUUGCAAGGAAAUGUAACUGAAGUAAGUCCUGUGAAGCAUAAACGCAGGAGAACUGUAUCUAGAGGCAACAACCAAUCAACAGAAGCUACCAAAUCUAUUGAAAAGAAGAAGGAAGCGUCUGUACAAUCACAAUCUGUCGCCACGUCGGAUCGAGUAAUAGAAAUUACCUCAUCGGGACGGCGUCGGACGCGCCCUAGUAAGUUUGACGAGACUACUUUCGGUGAUACAAAGCUAGCAAAAGUGUCGACAGUGCCAGAACCUAAAGACAAAGCGGCAACAGUGAGUAAUACAAUUUCACGGAAGCGGCAAGCAGCAUUACCAGAAACAGAUGAAACACUCGUAUCCAGUUCAGCAUUGGAACCAAAGAGACUUCGCGUCCAAAAGAAUGAAGUGGAGACAUUACAAUCUUCACCAUCACCAACAUCGUCAUCAACACAAGUGCGAAGCAAGCGCAUUCGAUCCAUAUGCGGUUCUCAGGACGAAAAGAAGCUACUUAGCCGACUUGGCAAUGAAGAAAAAGAUGGUUCACCCGAACCAAGCGCUGAACUUAGUCGUUUGUCAGCUAGGUCACAACGUUUAGCUAAUCGCCAUAGUGUGACCCCACAGCCACCAGAAAAAACAAGCCGCAUUGAAAAAAUCAGUCAAGCGUUAACUAAACGCCAAAGAAAUGCAAAAAUACCUCCAGCUGCAGAAGAACCUUCACCAAAUAGUACUGAAAAUCUACCUUUGGAAACUUCGAAUGAUCUCCAGAAACCUCAAUCCAUUGAGCAACCGGAACAAAUAGAAACAAUUAACGAAAGACUACGACAUGGGUCAAACGUGGCGUUGAACAAGCGAAAAAGAUUUGUUGAACGCCGGAAUCGAGCAUCUGGUCGAAUUGGUGAUUCUCCUGUGAUUGUAGAAUCAAGUGGAUUUAGUAGUGAUGAACAACCAGCUGCUAAGAAACAGAUGACUAUCACAGAAAUGUUGAAUCUUCGAGCUACUAAACAGCAACAGGAAGAGAAGAGUUUGCCAGAAAAUAAAAGUGAGGACGUAAAAGUAAAAAGCGCGAUAGCAUCCACGCCUCCUUCGAAAAAACCGAUUGUGGAGAAACCAAUCAACACAGCUCCUAAACUGCGUGGAAAAAAGUCCAGUCAGCAGCAGGAACAGAAAAAUGAGGAGCUAAUUACUUCUUCUGUACCUACGUCAACUUCUGCGGAUAAUAUAUCUCCAGCGAAGAUUUGUAACAUCACAUCAGAGAUUUCAACUAAAGAACCAGAACAAAUGGAGGAAGUUAAACCUUUGAUUGAAAGUAAACCUGUCAUAAUGCCUAUUGUUGAAACAAAUUUGGAAAAUAUUCCAAUGGUCCAAGUUGCGGCUGAAACUCCGUUGAAAGUGUUGGAAGCAGUGGCGAAAAAGACAAAAAAGCAAAUCUCCAGCGCGUUACGAGGGAACAACUGUAAUCUUGGCCCAUCAACGGCAACACCCAUGGACAUGGUGAAGACUCAAGUAGAUGUUUUUGAAACGAAGGUUGAAGAUGCAAAGUUUCCCUUGGAACCAACCAAACCCGAAGUUGAACAAAACGAUAAUGGUAAAACAACAAAGGAUGAAAUUAAAUUGCAAGCGAAUUCGGAGGAGCAACUUACACAUGUGAAGCAACAGUCGGAAGAUGUGAAGGAAAUGGCUGAAAUUCCGCGUGCUGUUGUUGAAACUUUAAACAGUUCCGAAAAUAAAAGUGAAACGGCCAUUAAAGACACCACGGAAAAACUUCCCAUAGUUGGAAAGGCAACAAAUGAUUCUCUAAUGGAUGUAAUAUGCGUGAGUGAUAGUAGCAACGCCAGUCAAGAUGUUCCCAAGGAUAAAGCAGAUACAAUUCAACCAGCGCCUAUUUCAUCCAUUUCUGACAGUUUAACUACUUCUUACAAACCGAAUGAAAAUAUUAAUUCAGGAAAGGAUGACGGCGGUGCUCCUAAAGAUGUCGACAGUGAAAAUCUUACUGGUCCGACAAACCUAGUUCUCCAAUCCCAGAGGAAGUCCAUCCCUGUCUCCACUCCAAUAUCUACAGUAAUCGCAGCUACGAGUGAGACACCCAGCAUAGCUCAACCGCCUAUGCAAACAUCUCCCAAGAAAGCGGAAAAAGAAGAACCAAAAAACGAGUCAGCAGUUUCGGAAUUAAAAAACGACUCCGUCAAGUCUUUGGAAGAUUCUGGAGGUAAAUCGAAGGAGUCGGUGUCGCCAGUUAAAGAAAUGGUCGCAGAAAGACAACUUCUCAAGUCUGGUUCUAAUGCAACCACAACGAACGUUCCAACAACCACUAGCCAGGAAAUAAUUAAAAUUGAUUUGAGCACUGACAAUGAUAAAUCGGAUACUGAACCUAAGAAAACCUCUGAGAAUUCAGCUGAAGUAACAAAUACUCCAGUGUCCGUCUCUGCGCCAUCCUCAGUAAUAAAACUGAAUAAGGACAGUAAUAUUAGCACCCUGACGACCUCAGCAGAGACUACUAAAGCAAUGCCAAUGCCUCCCCACACUAUACAGGAAAACAAGGAGAUAAUGAAGAAAGUAGAAAUUAAUACGAAGCCUAUGAACACUCCCGUUCCAACUUCAACGCCAAAUAUACAACAAACGCCACAAAAUUUGCAGGCUUCGCAAAAUUUGCAGAAUUCCAGAAACGAAAUAUUGAAGAUUGAUUUAACUGAAGGUGGUGAUAAUGACUUUGUUGGACAGAGAAGUUCGAACCCUGGUUUGGACGCAAAUAAAUCUGUUGCAGAGAAAAACAUAUCGCAAUCGAUUCAGGGUACAAUUCCGGUAAGCGUAGAUAAUCAAACCAAACCAAAGACAACGAGCCCCGUUGAAAGCAAGAAACCCAUUGCAACUACCGUCAUACCAUCGAAUAUAGAUUUCAGUGAUAUGAAAACAGAUAAAAAGCCUAUCGAACCUAUGAAGAGUGAAAAGCAUCAGAAUAUUCAAAAUAAUCCAACGUUAGCUGAAACGAAGAAAUCAUCGAACGUCAGUAGUGAGCAGAGCCGGAAAGAUCAGCGACAAAGUUCAACUUCAAGCACGAAUCAUAUUGUUCCGGCUUCAACAUCGUCUUCACUGUUGUCAUCAUCGGCCAAACAACAAGAACUUGUCAAAACUUCAUCCUCAACAUCAAAUAUUAGUCGCCAUGAUAAGUAUCAGACUAAAUCAGAGGCAGCGAAACAAGCAGCUGCAGCUGCUGUCGAUCUGAACAUCAAUAAAUUAGCGCCACAAUUUGCUAUGAACCAACUACCUAAUUACCACUCAACUGCUCCAUCUUAUUGGCAGUGGGAUUACUACAGUUACAAACUUCAACAUCUAGAGGCAACACAGCAAAGUCAAAAUAAUCUCCGAAAAGAUCUUGCACAAUCUAUGUACAGCCAUAAUAUCGCUCAGAACAUAUUUCAAACUGCGAACACAUUAGCAAUGCAGCAGCAACAAUUUCAACAGCAGCAGCAACAGCAGGUCCAGCAACAUCUUACGGCAUCGUCGUCUUCUAUUAGGGAUAAAAGUCAACGCAGUGAGCGCAAGGCUAGUGGAACAAGUGGCGAACAUAAAUCAAGUAAAAAAGAAGAUAAACUAAAGGACACGUCUUGUUCCAGCUUCAAGCAAUCGUGUGUUGCUUCACAGCAACAGUACGGAUCUCUCCAGACUCAAACUCAGCAAGGCAACAAGCAAAAUAGUGGUUCUUCGACAAGUAACAAAGUCAUAAAAAAUAUAGAUCAGCAAAAGCACCAACAAGCCACCGCCUCCCUCUCUAAUACAACAGGACAAUCAUUACAGCAGACAUCUCCGUCAGUGAUAAACCAGUCAUCAAUGAAUCUAAUGAACACUCAAUCACAAAGUCUUAAUCAAAACUUAAUAGGUAAGACAUCAGGGGAUCGUGAUAUGUCCGGAAACACAACACCAAAUACUACAACAAAUAUAGAUCUUAAACACCAUACGCCACCCUCCACCGAUUUGCCUUCAAUGGGAGUAUACACGCCCGAUUCUACCACUAACUCAGUGCACAGUUUACAUCAUUACGGGCAAUGUGAUUUGGACGUAGCUCAACUUGGACUAGAAUCGCCAGCAAGUAUUUCAAGUGAUAUUGCAUCGCAGAAUUCUGUGGAAAGUGUACGACCACCGAGUGUUCAAAUUCAACAUCAGUUUUCUGAUUGUUCAAUGCAGCAACAAGGACAAUCGAAUACACCUCUUCAUAUGAGCAUCCAAACUCAACAGCAACAGCAGCAACAACAACAGCAGCAGCAGCAACAACAACAGCACAAUAGCAAUGCGAUGAACGUACCGGCGUCAAGCCCACAAAAUAUGAAUAUGAUGUCAGUUGGAAGCACAAUGAGUAACCAACAACAGCAGCAGCAACAGAAUCAAAAUAGAAAAAUUUCACAGCAGGCUCGCAGCAAUAACACCACCAGUAGCAAUCGAGCUUCAACGCCAAAAGUUAGUAGAAGUAACUCUAGCAAUACGCAUCAGUCCUCGCAACAACAGCGACAAUCGCGAAAUACUCCACCGUCGAACAAUAACAAUGGCGGCGGUAUUACACAACAACAGAUGACUAGUCCUGGACAGACAAUGCAACAAAUGGCCGCUCAACAACAGCAGCAGCAACAACAACAGCAACAGGCACAACACCAAAAUCUUCAGGUGCAACACAUGCAACAAUAUGGUCAUUUAACUAGUUCAAUGGCUGCGCAUGGUCAUCAAUCGAUGCAUCAACCUGAUUACAUUUCCAUACCACAAAUGAGUCAAACGUACACAGGGAACUCACCCAAUUCGUACAGUUCUGUUCCUAUGACAACGGUCAUACAACAUCGUAUGCCGGCGAGCCAUACAAGUCUUACAGCACAACAUCCGUUGUCCAGUCCACAUCAGCGCUUGGGCCCGUCACCAUCAUCAUGUGCUGUCUCAUCGGCAAACAACUUUUACAUUCAAGGAGGGAACAGUGCUCAUCCGUCGUCUCAUACUCCGGUUCCGAUGCCGACUCCAACCCCCACGCCGUCCGCAACGCCAACAUUACAAAUGAACAGUUCAUCAUCAACCUCGGUAGGACCAUCCGGUGCAAAUUCUAGUGCUUUAGUUGGUAAUAUGUGUAGUCUUUCAAAAUUACAACAGCUAACAAAUGGUUUGGAAGUUCAACCAUGCAAUACACCACCUGCUGGAACAGUGAAUUUGACACCGCCCCCCAACCAUCCGCACCCGCAUAGUACGAUGACGCCACCACCAACACAUCUGGGUAAUAAUAGAAAUCUUCCUACACCGCCAACCUCCUUACAAACUCAGAUGGGUCUACAAUAUCACAAAUAUUACUCAGGUAAUAUGAACGUGACGCCACCGAUAACAUCUCUAUCGCAGAACACCGGCCGAAGUUCCAGGAACACAGCGUCUGCCCCUGUCCAACAUAUGUCGGCUGCGUCGAGUCGCAGCCCUAAUGUGACGACCCUCAGCUCGAAUCUAAUGUCGGCAUAUCAACUAAAUGGCUACAGGGUAGGGGUGCCAGCGCAACAACCGACCGGAUACAUCACGAAUCCGGCUGCAGCGGGAUUCAUCAACAACCCAGCAGCCCAGAUUACACAAAUGGGCGUUAUGAAUAUGCAAUCUCAAUACCAGGACCCGACUGCUAUCCAACGGGCAGCACAGCAAAAUUCCAUGUACCCUUCUUAUUCGCCAUAUAUUCCUUUGAACGGUUCAAUGAGAAGGUAGGAUAGAUGAGUUGUUAAGGGGGAGGAAGAAUAAAUCGGCUCUCAGUGUACAGCCGGAGGCGAGCAAGGCCGUGCGUUUUGGCCUAUUAAACACUGAACAAUUUGAAUAAUUUUGUUUACGAUUGCCGGCAAUUGAUUGAAACGGGUUUGGGGAUUACAGUGCUCGUCCUCUGCUGCGGAUCCGUUUGUUCUCUUUCUCCGUCUUAACAACAGCAUUCACUUCUAAAUGUUAAAUAUAAUAUUGUUAAAGUAAUGAAUAUAAUAUAUGCGAAAAUCUGUUAUUUUUAAAGCAAUGUGCUACUAUUUUCUCAAGUCGUGUAUUGUGUAUAAAUACUGAAAUGUUUCAUUUGAAUAGCGGUAGAGAGCAGCACAUGAAUGGAGAUUUUCCCUAUAUAAGUUAUCGAUUAAUUUUUUGAUUUGUAUUAACUUAAUUACACGCGAUUUAUAAGUAUCUUAUCCUUGUGUACAAUGUUUGUUUGUUUAUUACGAUUAUCUUUUCAUUAUUCACGGUUUAGGCUGUUUAUAUAAUUAUGCAAAUAGUCUCCUUUUCCCAUUUGAUAAAUUUAUAUUUCGUUUUCUUCGUUCGUAUCUCAAAGAAAAAAUAAGCUUAUGGAGAUUCCUUAGUCUCAAUGUAUGUUAUUGAAGUAAAAUAUACAAUUUAUGUAGUCAUUAUUUAAGAUGAAGAAAAACAAAUAUAAACAGUUAAUAUUUUAAACCUUGAAUGUAA